GCUUUGGUUUUACCUGUCCUUUUUUGUCCCCCCUGGGAUUUGGAGCUAUUCUUUAUUUCCCUGAAAAGUGACAGAAACCUCCCUCAUAGAAUUAUUCCUUUAAGCGAGAAUAUUCCGCCCAGACAAGGCAUUGUGCAACAAGAACAGCCGUUCCUUCGAAACAAUAAUCUACCAUCAACAAAAGGCACCGGGCAACAAGAAAGAACAGAAUGCAGACCAUUUGGGGAAACUAAGUACAAGUCGAAGCAUGUAGUUAAUUAAUACACUGCAGGAAACAGAGGACAGCUGAGCUCAUGCAUCUGGCAACUGUAUCCCGACACGGAAGUGAGAAGGUACACCUGGCAGUGGGGGAUGAUACUAAGCAGUGUUUGCUUGCUCUCAGAUGGGCUUUGCACUUCAUCCCACCACAGAUGUUGUUAGUUCUUGUUCACAUCCACAGGCCAGCUAUCCCAACGGUAUUGGGAGCUUCAAUGCCAGCAAACAUGUUGACAGAAGACCGUGUUAGUGCACACAGAAUAAAUUCGAGAAACAUGAUUGAGAAGAACUUAGUUGAGUGCUUGCAAAUUUACAAGGUCCAAGCAGAGAUACUCAUAGUUGACAAAGAGGAUGUGGUUGUCGCACUUUUGGAGGCAAUCAAAGAGCAUAGGAUUACCACACUCGUUAUGGGUGCUAAAAAGAGAAAACAUGACUGGAAGGGUAAGACAGCAGAUGCUUUGGAUAAACAAGCCGAUUGUUUGUGCAAUAUUUUGUACCUGCAUAACGGAAUUCUCGUUGCAAGCAGGUAA